AUGAGUAGUAUUCUCAGUUGGAAUGUGAGGGGUAUUAAUACCCAGGGUGUCAUGGAAAGACUUCAAUCCCUGAAGAGUAUCCAUCAGAUUUCCUUAUUUGCUAUCCUGGAACCUUUUUCUGAUAGCUCUCAAAUUCAUCAGUUCAGAAACCAGCUUAACAUGGACAAUGCUAUUAGCAACCCAAAUGGUAAGAUUUGGUUGUUUUGGAACAAAAAUGUGGAUUGUAGGAUUCUGGAAAAUGGGGAACAGGUGAUUACUUGUGAAAUCUGCCAUGUAAUGAAUCCAAACCAAUUCAGAGUUUCAUUUGUCUAUGCAAAAUGGAAAGAUCAUCUCAGAAGACCCUUAUGGGAUAGCAUGUUGCAGCACUCAAAUACAACCCUCCCUUGGUGUACCUUAGGUGACUUCAAUGUUAUCACUGAACCUGAAGAGAAACUGGGGGGUGUUACCUACAAUAUGAGAAAGAGCUUGGAGUUCAUAAGCAUCAUUCAAGCCUGUGGUCUUCAGGAUUUGGGAUUCUUUGGACAGAAAUACACUUGGUCUAAACAGAGGGGUAUCUUCUUUAGAAUCUGGAAGAGAUUAGAUAGAGGUAUGGUCAAUGACAAAUGGUUGGAAGUGAUGCCUCAGACUACUAUCACUCACUUACCUACUGUUGGCUCUGACCAUUGCCCUCUCCUGUUAGAGUUCACUGAGCACCAUCAACACCACAUCAAGUAUUUUAAAUUCAUGAAUUGUUGGACAGACCACCACUCCUUCAUGGAUACUGUUAGCAACUGCUGGAACAGGAACAUUGAGGGUAAUCCCAUGUGGUGUUUUCAUCAGAAAAUGAAGAGAUUAUCUAAUACUCUUAGUAGGUCAUCCAGGAUGCAGUUUGGGGACAUCUAUGCUAAGGCGAAAGAGUAUGAAGCCAAGGUUAGACAAGCUGAGGAGGAUCUGAUUCUUCUUAACUCUGAGGAAUGUAGAGCCAAUCUUCAUGCCAUCAAUGCUGAGUAUAUUAGAUAUCUUAAGUUGGAGGACUCCAUACUCAAACAAAAGACUCAGUUGCAAUGGUUCAAAGAGGGGGACAAGAACUCCAAGUACUUUCAUGCAAUCAUCAGAGGAAGAAGAAGGAAACUCUUCAUCCAUAGGAUUCAAAAUGAUGAAGGUAACUGGUUGCAAGGGGAUGAUGACAUAGCCAGGGCUGCUUGUGAUCAUUUCCAGAACAUUUUCACUGGUGAAGACACUCAUAUUCAGGAGGAUGCCCUUCAAUGUAUUCCUAAGCUUAUCACAGAUGAUCAAAACAGGGACCUCCAAGCUCUCCCCACCUUGGAGGAACUGAGGACUGUGGUCUUCUCUAUGAACCCCAACUCAGCAGCUGGCCCUGAUGGAAUGAAUGGUAAGUUUUUUCAGGAGUGCUGGGAGAUCAUCAAAGAAGAUCUAUUCAGAGUGGUCCUUUCUUUCUUUAAUGGUCAAACAUUGCCUAAUUACUAUACUCAUACCUGUUUGGUUUUACUCCCAAAAGUAAGCCAUCCAACCAAGCUCUCAGAAUUCAGGCCUAUUAGCCUUAGCAACUUUACCAAUAAGAUUAUUUCCAAGCUUUUAUGCCUCAGACUAGCACCUACUCUUCCUACUUUUAUUUCCCCUAACCAAUCUGGUUUUGUUAAAAAUAGGAGUAUCUCUGAGAACAUCAUGCUAGCUCAAGAAAUCAUUCACCAAAUUAAGAAGCCUAAUGUAGGUGGUAAUGUGGUCAUUAAGCUGGACAUGGCCAAGGCCUAUGAUAGAGUCUCUUGGUCCUAUAUCUGUUUGGUCUUGAGGAAAAUGGGCUUUGGAGAAGGGUUCAUUGAUAUGGUAUGGAGAAUUAUGUCUCACAAUUGGUAUUCCAUCAUUAUCAAUAGCUCAAGACAUGGUUUUUUUCACUCCACAAGAGGUCUGAAGCAAGGGGACCCUCUUUCUCCCUCUCUGUUCAUCCUUGGGGCUGAUGUUUUAUCUAGACUCCUGAACAAUCUCCAUCAUCAUCAUCCUAAUUAUCAAGGUUUCUUCAUGGCAAAGAGGGGGCCUCAAAUUAAUCAUCUCAGCUUUGCAGAUGAUGUUAUCAUCUUUUCUUCUGGGAGAGCCCAAACUUUGCAACUCAUUAUGGAAACCUUGCACACUUAUGAGAGUACCUCUGGUCAGCUGAUCAACAGAGACAAGAGCCAGUUCAUGGUCCCUUCUAAUGCCUUCAAUUCUACUGUAAGAAGAAUUAAGAAGGUCACUGGCUUCAGGCAAAAGGAUAGCCCUAUCACUUAUCUGGGGUGCCCUCUUUACAUUGGUAGACAAAAGCUCAUAUAUUACUCUGAUUUGAUUGCCAAGGUUGUGAAUAGAAUAACAGGGUGGCAGGCUAAGAUCCUCAACUAUGGAGGCAGAGUCACUUUGGGGUGGAAGAAUGACAAGAGGAAGUACCACUGGUCUUCCUGGAAAAACCUUAGCUACCCCUAUGAUGAAGGUGGUAUUGGUGUUAGACAAAUCUCUGAUGUGGCCAAGUCUUUCCAAUAUAAACAGUGGUGGACUUUUAGAACUAAGAACUCACUAUGGGGAGAUUUUACCAAAGCAAAGUACUGCCAAAGAUCCAAUCCCAUCACCAAGAAAUGGCACACUGGACAAUCUUUGAUAUGGAAGCAUCUUAUGAAGAACAAGCACAAAGUUGAGCCUCACAUCCAAUGGCAAAUACAGUCUGGCUCUUGCCUCUUUUGGUGGGACAACUGGUUGGGAGUGGGUCCUUUAGCCCAAUUCAACAACAACAGCUGCAGGCUUAACAACACCACUGUUUCAGCCUUCAUGGACAAUGGACAAUGGAACACUGAUCUUCUCAUCCAGCAGGCCCCUCCACAGAUGGUGUCUAAUAUUCUUGCUACUCACAUCAAUUACCAACCCGUCCAGAAGGACCAACCAUGUUGGACACUAAACAACAAUGGGGAGUUUAGCUGUUCUUCUGCUUGGAAUAUCAUCAGAGACAAGAGACCCAAAACCAGGAUUAACUCCAAUACCUGGCAUCAAUUCAUACCUUUCAAAUGUUCCUUUCUUGUUUGGAGAGCCCUUAAGGGAAAGUUACCAACCAAUGAGAAAAUAACCAGCUUUGGACACUCUCCUUCACAAUGCUUUUGCUGCUACAGACCUGGCCAAGACACUAUAGACCAUAUCUUUGUUGCAGGAGCAUUUUCUAGGAGUACUUGGAGUAUGUUUGCUGACUCUGUGGGCAUAAGCAAGGAGUACACACCUCUCAGAAAUUUGUUAAUGAGAUGGUGGACCUCUAAAUGCAGGAAUGAGGCUCACAAGCUCAUGAUACAAGCACUCCCUAUCUUCAUAUGCUGGAACCUCUGGAAGAAUAGAUGUGCUUCAAAAUAUGGAGGAAAGCAUUCUAACCUUGCAAGAGUAAAGUUCUCUGUCUUUAAAGACACUUCCCACUUGCUGCACAGUGCUUUUCCCUAUAUCAACUGGCCAAACAACUGGAGGGACCUAGUUCUAUUGGUUGAGAAAUGCUACCAUGAUAUCAAGAUUAUCCCUGUAUGCUGGUCCAAACCCCCUGACCACCUGCUGAAGCUAAACACUGAUGGUAGUGCCCUCAACACCCCUGGUUACAUUGGAGGAGGAGGAAUCCUUAGGAAUGCAUCUAGUGAACUCAUGUUUGCUUAUGCAAUCCCUUUAGGGACUGGAACUAACAAUCAAGCAGAGAUCAAAUCUGCUAUCUUUGGUCUCUCUUGGUGCCUCCAUCUUGGUUAUAUGCAGGUUAUUCUAGAGGUUGAUUCCCAGCUACUCCUUAAAUGGCUGCAACAUGAAGCAAAGCCUCCAUGGUCCAUCAAAGAGAUGCUGGACAAACUCAAUACCAUCAUCCUCAAUUUCCAAGAGUUCAGCUGUAACCAUGUUUUCAGGGAAGCCAACUCUACAGCUGAUAUUCUUUCCAAGCACAGUCAUAAGUGCACUGCCCCUGAACUCUAUUUCAACAAGCAUGAUCUCCCCAAGGAAGCUAGAGCCCACAUGGAGUUAGAAUUGCUAGGUAAUUACAAAAUUGCACCUCCUCAUCCUUCCCUUGGAGGCACCCCCUUAUCUGUCCCAUGGUGCAGCAGGAGCAGGAUGCAUCAGGUUACAACUGGAAGUUUGCCUAAUCCUAUUGAUGUAAGCCCUCUUUGGAUUUAUGCUAAGGGUUGCAGUAACACAGGAUCCUGCAUAGGGAAGCCUUUCUACUGCAAAUUCAGCUUGCCUCUUACCUUUCUUAACAACAACACCCUCCAGUACCAUAAGGAGCUGAUCCUGAUCACAACUAAGGGUCCCCUCUUGGAAGUAGCUUGCAACAACAUGCAUCUUAACCUCCUUUACUAUGAAAGUUCAAGAUACCUCAACAAAAGAGAAACAACAACUUGGCAUGCUAGGACUUCACCAAAUAGUCAGCCUCUCACUCAAGCCAACACCCUCCCUGCAACAUCUGUAACUAAACUUCAGCAGGUUGAGAAUGCUUGGCUUCUCAGGGAACCUGCAGCCAUCAUCACCCACCCUCUGUACCUCCCAUAUGCAGCACAGCAGCAGCAGUACCAAAAGAGGGAUCUACUACUAAACCUAACCUGCAACAACAAACAAGCUAUCACUGCAGCUAGAGAGGCAGCAAGGAACUGGGUACAGGACUGCAACAACCAUGGCCUUUCCAGCACAACCCAACAUCCUUCAAUACCUGCAACAACCAUAUACUUGGACCACCAUGCAGGUGUUCGAAUGCAGCUACACUUGUUCUGA